CAAGGCUGGGGAAGGGCCAGGAUGGUCUCUGGAGGACCCUCGCCGCCCCCAGGACCCAGCGCUUCCCCACCAUCCACUCAUGCGUGAAGCAAGAGGUAGUGUAAUGACAGAGAAGGCACCUAGGGGCAUUAGCCCCCUGCAGCAGAUGGUGGCAUCAGGCACAGGGGCCCUUGUUACCUCCAUUUUCAUGACCCCGCUGGAUGUGGUAAAGGUCCGACUACAGUCCCAGCGCCCUUUUCCCACCAGUGGGUUGGCAAAAUCCAAGAGAUCCUGGAGCAUCCCCUAUACUAAAUGGAAGUGUAUGCUAUACUGCAACUGCAUUCUCGAGCCCCUCUAUCUGUGUCAGAAUGGUUCUCGCUGUUCCGUCUGGUACCAGCAUCCCACCUACUUCACAGGCACCCUGGACUCCUUUGUGAAGAUUACUCGGCACAAGGGUGCCAGGACCCUGUGGAGUGGCCUCCCUGCAACUCUAGUGAUGACAGUGCCCGCCACCACCAUUUACUUUACCACCUAUGACCAGCUCGAGGCCUUCUUAUGCAGCCGAGCUGUGACUUCUGACCUCUAUGCACCCAUGGUGGCAGGAGCUCUGGCUCGACUGGGCACUGUGACUGUGAUCAGUCCCCUGGAGCUGGUGAGAACUAAGCUUCAGACUCAGCAUCUGUCCUACCAUGAAUUUGGGGCCUGUGUCAGGGCAGCCAUGUCCCAGGGCGGCUGGCGCUCUCUCUGGCUUGGCUGGGGUGCCACCGUGUUGAGGGACGUGCCUUUUUCAGCCCUGUACUGGUUUAACUAUGAGUUGGUGAAGUCGUGGCUCUGUCAGAUGGCAGCCAAGGACCGGACCUCUGUCAGUAUCAGCUUUGUGUCUGGAGUCUACUCAGGAACAGUGGCUGCCGUGCUCACACUGCCUUUUGAUGUGGUCAAAACUCAGCGUCAGAUGGAGUUGGGAAGCCUGGGAGCCUUGAGAGUAACAUCCCCACGGUUCCCAUCCAUCUGGCUGCUGCUCCGACGAAUCCAAGCUGAGUCUGGGGCCAGAGGACUCUUUGCAGGCUUCCUCCCAUGGAUCAUCAAAGCAGCCCCUUCCUGUGCCAUCAUGAUCAGCACUUACAAAUUGAGCAAAAACUUUUUCCAGAGACUGAACCUGUAAAAAUGCCCUCGGGGACCCUGAGAGAGAGAGAGAGAGAGAGAGAGAGAGAGAGAGAGAGAGAGAGAGAGACUAGGGCACCAUGCAGGGAACAAAACUCCCCUCUUCCUCCAUGCUUCUGUUUUCUCCCCACUCUCCUACAGACCAAAUGCCCCCAGCUCUUGGUUCACCUCCUCUCCUUAUUUAGAAACAGAAUUUGCUCUUGUCCCUUUGUUUUUUUCUCGGUACAUCUAUCCCUGGUCCUGCUUUGUCUUAAUCUCCCUCUUGUUGAAUCCAUUAAAUCCAAAAAAAAGAGAGAGAGAGAAUUUUUAUUAGUAAUAUAUUAUUGUGAUAUGUUAUUUUGGAUAGUAUUGUCUACUUUGCAGGGGGGAUUGUACUGGUAACAAAAGUAUGCUAAUAUAUAAAAUGUGGUAAAAAAUAAUGAGAAAUUAUAGCUGUAAAUGAAUUUCAAAUAGGAAAUAAUCUUCUAGUCUAUAGUUUAACUUGGUAUCAACUCAACAGUGAGGUAAAUAUAAUUUGUUAUAGUCUGCUACACUUCUUUUUUCUUUAGGAAUAAGAUCCUCAAUUUAAUUAAUGCACCUACUAUAAUUUCCUACUUCUCAAAAAGAAUGGUUCAUUAGAUUAAUAAUCUCAUUUUUGUGGACACUAGCUCUUCUACUACAGAUCACCUUUUGAGUGAUCCAGCCAUGUCAUCCCAUUUUGUGCAUUUCUUAUCUGUAUCUUUACAUAACACUUCCAUCAAGAUUCCUCUCUACGUUCUAGAGUCCUUCCUCUGGUUGCUGUAAUGUUUCAAGUAAGUCUGUGCACUGCUCAGGCUAUCCAUUAAUUAUAAAUCAUUCUAACUAUGUCACUGGCCUACUUCCUUUCCCAAUCAUGCAUGUUCGUAAGUGGAAUCUAUAAUAGUAAGGUAAUUAUAACAUGGACCUUACCCACCACAUUUCUCUCUCAUUCCUCUGAAAUUUAGGGAAUCCAUAAAAAGGAGAACUCCCCUAUAGGUUUUUCUUUUGUUUGGUUUUAUUAGAACAGUAGUUGGCAAACUUUGAAAGGUGAGGUGCCAGAAUUCCAGUAUUUCAGUUCCUAUUCUUUCAUUGUGUAUCCCUGUGCACUAAAAUAUACCAUUUCAGUGCUUCCUACAAUCCCCCAAUUGUUUAGCAUUGUCAUCAUUGAUUGUCGUAAGUUUAGUCAGUGCUGGACCCCUUUUUUACAAACAUAAACUGCUUUUUUAUAUAAAAUUCACCUAUUUCUUGUACCUCUUUUAAAUGAACUGAAUUAAUUUAUU